AGUAGUAACGGUAAUAUGUAACUUUCUAUCACUUAGUUGUUUAUAAAUAAAGCGCCUUUAGUGUCUAAAACAGUAUGCUUUCAUUUAAAUUGAAUUUCUUCAAGAGUUUACAUAGUGUAUUUAACAAUGCGUGGACAAGGUUUCACUCUCUUCAAGAAAAACUAAGCUGUUACCUGGAGGAAUUUCGUUACAGACGUAUGUGCCGGGUCGGAGGAGACAGAUACAAGCACGGGGAGGUUUGGGUGGAUGGAGGCCAAUGGAGGGUCUGCAACCCUGGAGGGCAAGUGGGCGUCUACCAUCAACCCUUCAGCUUCACAGAUAAAUGGAGGGGGACGUUAUCCUACAUCUAUGGAUCUGUCAAGAGUCUUCAGAGGAAUGAACCAAUAAAUCAGCUGACAGUUUUGUGACAAAUCGUUAACUAAAAUAGUUAA